AUGGACGACGACAUUUCGAGCUUCGCCGCCAUCACCAACGCCGACCCCGAGGUCGCGCGUGGCUUCCUCGAAAUGUCUGGCGGCAACCUCGAGGCCGCCAUCCAGCUCUUCUUCGAGAACCCCGACAUUCAGAGGAGCUUUGGCGUCGCCGGCACCGCCUCCUCGGCCGCCGCCCCCGCCGUGCCAUCAAGCACCCGCCCCACCGGCUCUGGCCGCCAGGACCAGCCCAUCCAGAUUGACAGCGACGAUGAUCACGACGAUACGAACAUGCUCGAUGACGACGACGACGACGACGGCUACAACAUACAUGGUGGUGGUGGCAGCAGCAGCGGGCACGCCCAGGCGGUCGCCGUGGCGCGCAGUGCGCAGGAGGAGGAGGAUGCCGCCAUGGCCAAGAGGCUGCAGGAGGAGCUCUACGGUAGCGGCGCCGGCGCCUCUGGCGGCGGCGCGGCGCUCGACGAUGUGCGUUCGCCGAUUCGGGCCACCACCGAGACGCUCGUUGCGCCUUCAUUUGGCGGCGGCAUGACGGAUGCCGAGGAGGCCGACAUGGCGGCGCUGCUGCAGCAGGAACGACAGCGCGCGGCCGCGAGGGCUCGAGGCGGCGCCAGGAAUCCCUUUAACCACGACGCGAGCAUCUGGGACGGCGACGGCCCGCACCGCUCGGCCGGCGGAAGCGGCGGCACGACGAGCGCCAGCGACGCGCGCGCGCAGCGGCUGGCGGACCUCUUCCGACCGCCGUACGACCUCAUGUCGACGGCCGAGUGGGACGACGCGCGCGAGCAGGGCAAGGAGGACAAGAAGUGGCUGCUCGUGAACCUCCAGGACAACAGCAUCUUCCAGUGCCAGACGCUCAACCGCGACGUGUGGAAGGACGCCGCCGUGCAGCGGCUCGUGCGGGAGAGCUUCAUCUUCCUCCAGUACGCCAAGAACUCGUUCGACGCGCAGCAGUACGUGACGUUUUACUUUCCCGGCGCCAGCCACGAGAACGCCGACAACUUCCCGCACGUCGCCAUUGUCGACCCGCGCACGGGCGAGCAGGUCAAGGUGUGGAGCGGCGUGCCGUUCCCGAGCGCCGACGACUUCCACGCGCAGCUCGCCGAGUUUCUCGACCGCUACAGCCUCGACGCCAGCAAGAAGAACCCCGUCGCCAAGGACACGGCGAAGCGGCCCAAGGUCAUCGACGUCGACCGCAUGACCGAGGACGAGAUGCUCGAGAUGGCGCUGCAGAACAGCAUGAACACGUCGGGCGGCGCCGCAGCCGGCGCAGGGGCAGGAGGAAGCGGCAGCGGCACGGCCAGCGGCACGGCCAGUGGCACCGCCAGCACGCCGAGGUCCAACGUUGUCGACCCCGACGCGCUCACGAAGGAGGCGGCAGCAGCAGCAGCGGCAACGGAAGCAGCGGCCACAGACGCAGAGGGGCACGGCACAGCAGCAGCGAGCGGCUUCGCGCGCAUCGCCAGCGACAAGCCGCAUACGGAGCCAGCCAACGACCCCAAGACGACAACGCGCAUCCAGUUCCGGCUGCCGACGGGCGGGCGCGUGAUCCGGCGGUUCAACGUCGACGACCCCGUGCGGCGCAUCUUCGAGUGGCUCAAGGCCGAGCCGCUCGAGGGCAAGGCGGGCGUCGACUUUGAGCUCAAGCAGAUGCCGCAGGGCCAGGACCUGCUGCAUCGCGCCGACCAGACGAUCCUCGAGGCCGGGCUGAAGCAGGGCACGGUCAUGGUGGAGUUUCUCGAGGAGUAG